CGCACUCUUGUGAUCGCCAUGAACUGCCCCUCGCCCGAAUCAUAUAUACACACACCAUCGGCACAUCAACGACCGAGGAAGAGCGACGUCAAGACCAAGUCACCUGCUCUAUACACGCCUUGCUAUUUUUUUUCUUUCCCAUUUUUCGCCCUCUCAUUCGGUGCAAUUACUUACCUGAGCACACUCAAUACCAAGCACCAUGCCCCAUCCAUCUCCGCACCUUGCUACCCCACUCUUCGGCCCCGGUUCUCGCAAAACCAAGAUAUUGGGGAAACCUGGGGAAAUACAUCCACGAGUUACAUGAUUGCAUUUCGCGAUCGCAUAGUCGUCAAUGACGCAACUGGGUCCGGGGUAGCUGAUGCGAAUGAUCUACUUGCGGGGGCUGUGUUCGUUAGACAGGGCGCUAGGGACCAAUUUGUUGCGUGCGGGCCGUUUAUAUUAACCGUGUAG